AUGGCCGUCACCCCCAGCCUUCUGCGCCUGGCGCUCCUGCUGCUCGGGGCGGUGGGCAGGGCCGGCCCCCGCCCCCAGGGUGCCACGGUGUCCCUCUCAGAGACAGUGCAGAAAUGGAGAGAGUAUCGGCACCAGUGCCAACGUUUCCUCACGGAAGCGCCACUCCUGGCCACAGGUCUCUUCUGCAACCGAACCUUUGAUGACUACGCCUGCUGGCCAGAUGGGCCCCCAGGUUCCUUUGUGAAUGUCAGCUGCCCCUGGUACCUGCCGUGGGCCAGUAGUGUGCUCCAAGGGCAUGUGUACCGGUUCUGCACGGCCGAGGGCAUCUGGCUGCAUAAGGACAACUCCAGCCUGCCCUGGAGGGACCUGUCGGAGUGCGAAGAGUCCAAGCAAGGAGAGAGAAACUCCCCUGAGGAACAGCUCCUGUCGCUGUACAUUAUCUACACGGUGGGGUACGCGCUUUCUUUCUCCGCCUUGGUCAUCGCUUCAGCCAUCCUUGUCGGCUUCAGACACUUGCACUGCACCAGGAACUACAUCCACCUGAACCUGUUUGCGUCCUUCAUCCUCCGAGCACUGUCCGUCUUCAUCAAAGAUGCCGCCCUCAAGUGGAUGUAUAGCACGGCUGCGCAGCAGCACCAGUGGGAUGGGCUCCUCUCGUAUCAGGACUCUCUGGGUUGCCGACUGGUGUUCCUGCUCAUGCAGUACUGCGUGGCGGCCAACUACUACUGGUUGCUGGUGGAAGGCGUGUAUCUGUACACGCUGCUGGCCUUCUCGGUGUUCUCGGAGCAGCGCAUCUUCAAGCUGUACCUGAGCAUAGGUUGGGGAGUUCCGCUGCUGUUCGUUAUCCCCUGGGGCAUUGUCAAGUAUCUCUAUGAGGACGAGGGUUGCUGGACCAGGAACUCCAACAUGAACUACUGGCUCAUCAUACGCUUGCCCAUUCUCUUUGCAAUCGGGGUCAACUUCCUUAUCUUCAUCCGGGUCAUCUGCAUCGUGAUAGCCAAGCUGAAGGCUAAUCUCAUGUGUAAGACCGAUAUCAAAUGCAGACUCGCUAAGUCCACUCUGACGCUCAUCCCGCUUCUGGGCACGCAUGAAGUCAUCUUUGCCUUUGUGAUGGACGAGCACGCCCGAGGAACCCUACGCUUCGUCAAGCUGUUCACAGAGCUCUCCUUCACUUCCUUCCAGGGCUUUAUGGUGGCUGUCUUGUACUGCUUUGUCAACAAUGAGGUCCAGAUGGAGUUUCGGAAGAGCUGGGAGCGCUGGAGGCUGGAGCGCUUGAACAUCCAGAGGGACAGCAGCAUGAAACCCCUCAAGUGUCCCACCAGCAGCGUCAGCAGUGGGGCCUGGUGGCAGCAGCGUGUGUCGGCCACCUGCCAAAAUUCCUGCAGCUGAACCCCAGUGCUGCCCUUCCUGUGGUCCUUGCUGCUAGCUGGGUGGCCAUCCCAGGUGGGAGAGACCCUGGGGACAGGGAAUAUGAGGGAUACAGGCACAUGUGUGCGCGUGCCCGCACACCACACACACACACACACACACACACACACACACACACACACACACACACACACACGCUUUCCUCCUCCAAACCUAUCAGACAGGCAAGCGGGCAGUGCCUCCUGGGACCACAGACACAUGUUCUCCAAGGAGAACAGCCUGCUAAUUUAAUCUCAGCGACAGGAAGAGAGGAAGAAACAAUUGCUGUUAAGAUGAGGAGGACUUCUUCCUGUUAAAGCUGCAAGGCCCUUGGGGUUCCCUCGGACAGAACUGCAAAUCAACCCCGGAACUCGCGCUCAAGGGCAAUUGCUGACGGGUGGAACUUGGGCUUGCGAGAGGAGGCAGGUCCGUGAGAGACCUGCCCUUGGAACC